CCGUGUCGCGAAUCCUCGUCGAUGCGCGACGCAGCGUGCUCCUGGAUUAAGGACAACAAGGAACGGUGGCAGUUGAGCAUCCAGCAUACCCUUGAUGACGGGACUGAAGGUGGUAGGAGCCGGAACCGCGACCGCGGCUUCACCCACCAGACGUGGUUUAUUGCGUUGCUUAUCGGCAUCGCGUGUCUCGCGAUGGUCAUAGCGCUCUACAUGUGUUUUUGUACUGCGUGGGCCUCCUGGCGCGAGGCGAAGGCUGCACGAACUGAGAUGGACGAGGCCCGCCUCCUGCGACUACAAAGAGCAGUGGACGCCGUGCACACGUGUGAACAUCCCAUGGUCGUGUUCUCGUUAGAGUCCUUACGACGCUUCGGCCGCCUGCCGCCGCACGAGGCGGUGCGCGGCGACCUCGUGUUCCUCGACAAUUACGACGAUGUUGUAGAAUUUGCCUCGUCGCACCCGAUCCUGUUCGUGAGCCACCAGUGGUUGGGUAGAGACGAACCCGAUCCCGACGGCACGCACUUCACCGCGAUUUGUGGGGCGGCGCAGGCCAUACAAAGGAAGUGCGGAGUCGAAGAAAUCUAUCUGUGGUGCGACUACGCGUCCGUGCCGCAGCGGAACCGGACGUCGCAGGCGGCCGCGUGCAAUUCGCUCGCGGUCUAUAGCAACGCGGCGCGCUACUUCGUCGCCGUGUGUCCGAGCGGUUUGCACCGGGACACGGGCGAGCGCGUCGACGCGUCGACGUACCUCGCGCGCGGGUGGUGCCGGCUAGAAAUGUGGGCGAUGAUGAACAAGGCCGGCGGCGCCGCCGCGAUGUAUGUGUAUGAUGACGCCGGCCUGGCGCCCAUCGCCGGCCGCCGCGACUGGUACGACGCCGCGAUGCGCGUCUUUGAGGGAGACUUCUCGCGGGAGGACGACAAGGAAAAAAUCGUGGACAACGUGCUCGGCCUCUACGCGCGAGCUCUGCGACAAGCCGAAGCGACAACGCCGCGGUCGCGCCGGCGCUUCUCGGCGGCACCGCCCCCGCCGCCGCCCGGUCUGGACGACUCCUCCCACACCGUCCGCUCCUCCGCGACGCCGACGACCGUGCGCUUCUUGGAAGCGACGGUGCCACCUUCACCGGAGCUGUCGGUGCGGUCGACAUCGCGCUCUUCCCCGCGUCCGACGCUAGAAAAGAUCCUCACGUCGCGGAGCUUCCACACGCUUCAGUCGUCGGCGCUGGACAAGCUCCGGCGCCGCAAGCGAGGGUCACGGGAGUGCGGGGGCGACGCCGGAGCGCGGGACUGGUGCCGGGAGACGGUCUUCCCGGAGCUGUACUUCGGCGGACUCGUCGAGGCCCUCGAGGAACACAUGGCCAACGGCGACCUCGUGUUUCCCGAAGGCAAGUAA